AUACAUUGAAAUAAAAUUUUAAGGUCAAAAACACUGAAUACCCAAAAACCAUCACCUAAAUCAAAAUCCACAUAUAUGGCCCCUCCAACUCCAAGAUUAGUAAUUCCCAUAGACCUCAAGAGAAGUCCAUGGCACCAAAACCCACCGCCCCACAACCGGUGGCACCCAGAGAUACCUCCGGUGGCCGAGGUGAAAUCCGGCGAGGUUUUUCGGGUGGAGAUGGCCGACUGGACAGGUAGGGCCAUUUCCGAUGAUGAAUCUGCACUCGAUGUAAAAACCUUAGACCUUUCAAUUGUUCAUUAUCUAAGUGGGCCUAUUAGAGUUGUGGACACGGACGGUAAACCAGCCCAGCCCGGAGAUAUUUUGGUUGUGGAAAUUUGCAAUCUGGGCCCACUGCCGGGCCAUGAAUGGGGCUUCACUGCAAUAUUUGACCGGGAGAAUGGUGGUGGAUUUCUGACCGACCAUUUUCCUUGUGCAACCAAAGCAAUUUGGUAUUUUGAAGGGAUAUAUGCCUACUCUCCUCAUAUACCUGGUGUAAGAUUCCCGGGUUUGACACACCCGGGAAUAGUAGGAACCGCACCUUCAAUGGAAUUACUAAGCAUAUGGAACAAAAGGGAAAGGGAGCUUGAAGAAACCGGUCUCGAAUCUCUCAAAUUAUGCGAAGUUCUACAUUCGAGGCCGCUUGCAAACCUCCCAUCGACCAAAGGGUGUGUUCUUGGCAAGAUUAAAGAAGGAACUUCGGAAUGGGAAAGAAUAGCGAGAGAGGCUGCUCGGACAAUACCCGGACGAGAAAAUGGAGGGAAUUGCGACAUCAAGAAUCUAAGCAGAGGCUCGAAAGUUUACCUUCCCGUUUUUGUGGAGGGCGCAAACCUUAGCACGGGGGACAUGCAUUUCUCACAAGGCGACGGUGAAGUCACAUUUUGUGGCGCCAUCGAGAUGAGUGGCUUUCUCGAGAUCAAGUGUGAGAUCAUAAGGGAUGGCAUGAAAAAGUACCUCACCCCAAUGGGCCCGACCCAUUUGCACGUGAACCCAAUAUUCGAGACAGGGCCCGUCGAGCCCAGAUUCUCCGAGUGGUUGGUGUUUGAGGGAAUCAGUGUGGACGAGAGCGGGCGGCAGCACUACCUCGACGCCAGCGUGGCGUACAAGCGCGCGGUUCUCAAUGCCAUCGACUACAUUUCCAAAUUCGGAUACUCCAAAGAACAAGUUUACCUUCUGUUGUCGUGCUGCCCGUGUGAAGGAAGGAUCUCGGGAAUAGUCGAUUCACCCAAUGCCGUCGCUACACUUGCUGUCCCGAUUGCCAUAUUUGACCAAGAUAUUCGUCCCAAAACCUCGGAUGUGCCCGUCGGACCACGUGUCGUGAGGAAUGGAGGCCUCCCGCAGUGUAGUUAUGAUGGGAGCUUGCCGACCACAGUAAACCCUUCUGCUACACUUUGAUUAUUUAUCAUGAAGCAAGAAAACAUUAAAUUGUAAUAUGGCGGCUAAAUAAUCAGUCUCUGUAGGCAUAAGGGAACUUAUGAAUAAAAGUCGUGUAUAUAUAUAUAGUUUUUAAUUUGACCACGUGCGUUGGCUUGUUGCACAUUUUUUAUUAUCAUUUCAAAUUAUAAAUAAUACAAAAAAAUGAAUAAACUAUAUAAAUAUAAAAAAUUAUAAUUUGAAAUGAAUUUGAUUGGUAUCAAGACGUGUUCAAGAUUGAACCUUUUAUUUUUUAUUUUAAUUAUUUAAAUAUCAUUUUUAGACCAUUUGACCGUUGAUCGUUGAUUUCUGGCGACUGUUGACUUCCGACGUUGACCCAUUGACGUGGUAUGCAUUAUGUAUGAAGUAAAUAUAUAUUCAGCAGUAUGCACUUAAUAUGAACUAACUAUGCAUUUGGUAUGAAUUGCAUAUGUAAUUCUUAUGUACUCAAUAUGCACAAAUAAUAUCAACGCAGUAUACACUGUUUAUGAACUAAGUAUGCACUACAUAUGAGCUAAAUGAGCAUAUAAUAACUAUUAUAUUUUGUUGUUUAAUUAAUGUAAAUUCUAAUUGAUUAAUAUGAGUCAUUGAUCUACACAAAUAAAUAACUAUGGUUGGACCUCACAUGAACUAAAAUGCAUUA